CAAAACAAACCAGCAAACAAAAUUCGGUUCCGGCUAUAAAUGGUAUUGUUUCCGGUUCGAUUUUGCUUUUCGCCGACUUCGUCAAUGUUUUACUUUCGGUAAUUCGAACACGCUUUUUUAUUCGCAAUACUCUUAUCGACCGUUAUGAACGGCAAUCUGUCCGACAUGUUGGAAGUGUAUGUGUGCACAGCUUUGGCCGAGCCCGAAAUCAAUCCCAGGAGGUAUAGGAGAGCCAUGACCGUGGCCGAACUGAAGAACAAGCUCGAGAUGGUGACGGGCCGGUCGGCGGGCACGAUGAAUUUGUCGGCGUACAACAAGGACAAACUGGUAACGAAAUUGGACGACGACGACUCGCAGAUAGGUUCCUAUCCCGUGGAAAACGGCAUGGUUUUGCUGGUCGAAGACCCGGCCUACCAGAGUUCGGAUCAAGACGCCGUGGACGGUUACAAAAUGACCGAAGAGGAAUACAACGCCAAACAGGAAACUUUGAAAAGUUUUUUAAAAAACAACAAAUUGGGCAAGUAUAAUCCGGAUUACUUGAAACAGCGUGAAAAGGAAGUGCAAGAAAAAGAGGAACAAGAAAACGCGGAAAAAGAAUUAAUCGACACAAUGUCGGUAGGUCAGAGGUGUUGCAUAAGAUUGCCCAACAAGCCCGUCCAGCGGGGCACCGUUAUGUAUUUGGGUAGAUUGGACGACAAAAACGGCUAUUGGGUUGGUGUGAAAUAUGACGAACCAUACGGCAAACAUGACGGGUGUGUCAACAACAAACGGUAUUUCCAAACGCCUCCUAAAUACGCAUCCUUUGUAACGCCGUCUGCCGUCGAAGUAGGCGAUUUUCCAGUUAUCGAUGAUGAACUUUAAAUUAAUCAUUUUGCUUCUUUCCUAUUAUCGUCUCACAUUUUUGUAACACAAAUUAAUUUAUAUUACUACUAAAAUAUGGGCGAGCCCGCUACGACAAUAUAAUUUUCGUACGUCGGUACACUAUUCAAAUAAUGUUAAAUGUACUACAUGUUUAAUUAGAUUAAUCUAAGUAUAGAUGUUAUAUUUUUGAACUUAGUUUGUGAUAAAACGUUAAACGUGUUUAUAUAUUUUUAUACGAUACGUCCAUAAAUAACUAAUAACGUCUUUAACUUAUCUGUUACGUAUAGAUUUAAUGUAAUUCAUUAUAAUAUGUAACAAUAACACAUUCCUUGUAUACAUUU